AGACCAAAGCCAAAGGAAAUGAUAAGAAGAAGUAGAAGAAGAAGAAGAAGAAGAUACAUUUUUUAUUUUUUUAGUUUACUUGGCAUGAUGUGACACGUGUCAUCACAUCUGCCCUUGCUUUAUCUUGUGUUGAAUAAUAUAUGGUCGGUUGGAUUCCGGCAUCUUCUUCUUUUUUUCUUCCUCCUCUCUCAACAACUUGCUUCUUCAACCCACUACCCUUCUUCUUCUCUGCAACUAAAGCAGAAAAUUCUUAUAUAUAUAUAUACAACCUUGAACACAUAUCUUCUUAGUUCUCUUGACUCCACAGAGUCCCAACAACAUCAAAGUUUCCGAAUUAUCUCUCUAAAUAUCUGCUUGGUCUUGCUUCAUUGACAUACAUAUGCACCAACAAUGCUUGGCAUAAGAUGAAUGCAAGUUCAAAGGAAAUUGAGUCUUCAUCAAUAAAACAUGAUCAAGGAAGUGCAAGUCAUGAUUCCAUUAAGAUCCCUAGAUCUAAUACUUCAUCAAGCUCAUCAGCAACACCAUGGUUAAGGCUAAAGGAUCCGCGGAUCGUGCGAGUUUCGCGAGCAUUCGGAGGGAAAGACAGACAUAGCAAGGUUUGCACCAUAAGAGGAUUGAGAGAUAGAAGAGUUAGGCUUUCAGUUCCAACAGCAAUUCAAUUGUAUGAUCUUCAAGACAGGCUUGGACUCAAUCAACCAAGUAAGGUUGUUGAUUGGUUACUCAAUGCAGCCAAGGAUGAAAUUGAUGAACUCCCUCCUCUCCCAAUUCCACCUGAAAACUUUGCCCUAACAACACACCAUCAACCAAUUCUUGAUCAUCAUCAUCAAAUUGUUGGUUCCUCAAAGGGAAUUGCAAGAGAAAAAGAAAGCAAUGAAGGAGUAAAUGAUCCCCAAAGUGCAUUCAUGCCACCAAGAGGUGUACUAAAUCAUGCUUUCAUACCUGGAUUUCUCAGCAACAACAACAACAGCAAUAACAGUAUGCCAUCAUUUGGUUCUUUCUAUCCUUUGGAGGCUUCAAAUUUUUCUUCUUUCUCUCAAGCCGCGGCCGGAGGGGAUCAAAAUAUUCAGAACUUGAAUGCUCUACCAUUGCCAUCUACAUUGACGCUAUCGUCCGGCGGUGGAGGCUCUCAGAUUUUGGUGACACAACCUUAUUUCACAAACAGUGGCGAAAUUGAUCAAAGGCAAAUCAAUAUUCACCAAGUGAUGACACCUUCAAUUGCUCAUCAUCCACAAGCUGUGUACUCAUUAGGGCAGCCCAUGAGACCCUUCCCUUUCAGUGUGUCACCAAGAAUUAAUAUCCAAUCCUCGCCCGGGAACAAUGUCGGCGGACAUGAUCAGCCUAAUAAGGAUCAAGAAUUUCAUUCUAAAUGAAAAUGAGAAAAAAAAAAGAGAGAGAGAAUUAAGUUAAGGUAGAGAAAUAAGUGAAGAAGUGGAACAAGCAAGCAUGGCUAGCUAGGUGGCUCAAGCUUUUUAUCUCAAGAAAGAAGGGAAAGGUACUAUUAAUUGUCUAUUAAUUUGAAAUUGAAUGGUGCUUGCAGACUGUGUUUGUCCUUUUAAGUUACAGUUAUGAAUUAUAGAGUGAGUAAUUAAUCUCAUGUGUGUCAUUAAUUAAAAAGUUUUUGAUUCAGUCUGC